AUGAACGACCAGCCCGACCUCUCGGGCCUGCUCCUGCGGCUGUACCAGCAGAGCCAAGGAAUACACAAGUCGAGCAAGAAGGCCUCGGACGAGCUCCAGUCGCACCUCGCGACGACCGCGCUGCCCGUCGAAUGCCAUGAGAAGCUCUUCCACCAGAUUCUGCACCACGCGACGCUGUCGGGCGACGCCCACGCGGGCCCGACCCGCUGGCUCACGCUCGUGGCCGCGUCCAACCUCCUCUGCACGGCCGGCAUGCUUGCCAUGUACCCGAUGCCCGUGCAGCAGAAGAUCCUCCUGCGCGUUUUGCCCGACGCGCUCGAGCGCUGGUUCAAGCUCACGGCGACCAACGACCGCCAAGCGAGUGGCAAUGGUCAGCUCCGCGACGGCGUCUUUGUACCGUCGACGAUCCUCCAGCACGAGCGCCUCGCGCAGCAGAGCGGCCAGGCGUUUGCGCUCGCCAUGUUUCUCGACGCAAUCGUGUCGCUCCUCGAAGGCAGCGACGACGAGGCCGCGGUCGUCGAGCUCAGCCGCGUCCUGCAAACGACUGCCAUUGCGCACCCGAGCGCGCUGCAGAAAGGCUUUGUCCGGGCGGCGAACGUGCUGCUCGGCUGGUCGACGCGCGUCGAGACCGCGCCACUCCAUCGGUGCGUCUCCGUCGUCGUCGUCUUUGGAUCUCGUCCAACGACGAUCAACUCUGUGUAG